AUGGGCAAAUCGCAAUCGAAGCUGUCGCCCACUCAGCUCGAUGAGUUGCAACGAGCAACUCAUUUUGACAAAAAGGAGCUCCAGCAAUGGUACAAGGGCUUCCUUAAAGAUUGUCCCUCGGGUAACCUAACGAAAGAGGAGUUCCAAAAGAUCUAUCGACAAUUUUUCCCAUUCGGCGAUCCCUCUUCAUUCGCAAAUUAUGUCUUCCGUGUAUUCGACGCGGAUGACAGCGGAAUGAUCGAUUUCAAAGAAUUCAUAUGUGCCUUGUCGGUCACCUCGCGCGGAAAAAUGGAGGAUAAACUGGAUUGGGCAUUUCAACUAUAUGAUAUCGAUGGCGAUGGCAAGAUCACAUAUGACGAGAUGCUGGCGAUUGUGGAAGCGAUCUACAAGAUGGUUGGUUCUAUGGUGAAAUUACCGGAAGAUGAGGAUACGCCGGAGAAGCGCGUACGGAAGAUUUUCCGGAUGAUGGAUAAGGAUGAGAAUGGCAGUUUGGAUCUUGAGGAGUUUAAGGAGGGUAGUAAGCGGGAUGAGACUAUUGUUAGUGCUUUGUCUCUAUAUGAUGGAUUGGUUUAA